AAUCGAUAGCUGCUUGUUUGCUCAAACCUGUAACGGGAAGCAAUGGCUGAGGCCAUAGCAGAUACGAGAAGGCUGUAUACUAAACCACAAAACCUGAAUGACGCGUACGGGCCACCGAGUAACUUUCUAGAAAUUGAUGUUACCAACCCCGAAACAGUUGGCGUCGGUCGGAACAGGUUCACGACAUAUGAGAUCAAACUGAAGACAAACCUCCCCAUCUUCAAGCUGAAGGAGUCACGUGUCCGGAGGAGAUACAGCGACUUUGAGUGGCUGAGAGGAGAGCUGGAGAGGGAAAGCAAGGUGGUGGUUCCUCCUCUUCCUGGAAAAGCUCUGUUCAGGCAGCUUCCUUUCCGUGGGGAUGAUGGUAUAUUUGAUGACUCUUUUAUUGAGGAACGGCGGCAAGGGCUGGAACAGUUCCUCAACAAAGUUGCUGGUCAUCCAUUGGCCCAAAAUGAGCGCUGCCUGCACAUGUUCCUACAGGAUGAGUCUGUGGAUAAAAACUACACCCCUUCCAAAAUUAGACAAGCCUAAACUGGUCUGGACUCUACACACACGUUCACAAACAAACACAAAAAAACAUGGCCCAUAAGCAAUAAGAAAGGUUCAAAUCAUCCUUUAUCGGAAAAGAUUGUGAGCAUGAAGCAUAGGGCGUCCAAAACAUUUACCUCGGCAGAAAAUGAGACGUAAAAAAUGAUUUAAAACAUACUCGAGAAUUAGUCAUGUUGUAUCCCUUCACUUCUUUGAUCUGUUCUUUUAGAUUGUUUCAGUCUUUUUGCUCCGAUUUCUCAAUCUUUAAUGUUAAUAUUAACCACUUUUACGUCUGAUCCAACACGUCCUUAUUGGUAAUUAAUCGUGGUUAACAAUUAUUUAUGGUAGUUUGUCUUAAAGGCUCCACUAACUUUGAUAUUUCCAGUAUCAAACAAAACAAAAACCAAAUAACUGUCACGGUUAUGCAAGCACUAUAUCACACACACAUUGGCAUCCCUGUGUUAUCGCUACUGCCUACUUGUGUUGCUUUUAAUGCUGAAGAACACAUACAGCGGCUCACCGUCCAGGAUGCACUUAAUUGGGAACCUUCUUCAUUUGUGGUGGUUAAAUGUGCGCUGUGUCCUACACAAGCCUGUUUUUACUGUGAUGGAGUGGCACAGAAACACAGAGAGUGCUGUCUAUGAUGCAUGUUUUCAGAUUUGUAUACUGCUGUGCCAUUGUUUUGUUUAUGAGAAUUUUCCAAUAAAACGGAUCAAACACA